UAACACGCAUGCGCACGCUUCAAACAUAACGGCGGAGUUUAUUAAGAGAAGUUUAGAGGAAGAGUGAAGAGAGAGAGAGAGAGAGAGAGAGAGAAGAACCAAAAAGAGAGGAGGACAGAGAGACCGAGUCUGCAGGUGGGAAACUCUCCAAAUCUGUUGAUAUAUACAGGAUACUCCAGGUCUACUCUGAACUUUAGAGAAUAUCCAAGUUUAUCAUCACCAUUUCAGACCGUUUCAUUUUUGUUUUCCUCUCUGAUGACAUUUAAUAUUUAAGCAGAAAGACAAGAGAAGAGAGUCAAACUGAAAAAAAAACAACUUUAUUCCUACGGAACUGAGUUUUUAAUAUUAUUAUAAGCAUUUUUAUUCUGUUCUAUUCUAAGAGUAUUUUGAGUCUGUAAUCGUCGUUGAUUUUUUGUUCAAACUGACCUUUAUUAGUAAAGGUGUACAGUCAUGACAGAGGUGCGUGUGAGAAGAGAUAAUGUCAAAUAAAAUAACUUCAAAUAUGUUUUUAGAUUAUUACAGUUUCAAUCAUAUGAUUCAGAGUUGGUCUGAUGAUGACUUUCAUGCAUAUGAAAAAUGUUAAGACAGCAUUAUCAAGAACUUUUUUUACUGGUGAUCAAAUAAUUAAAGUGUGUUUGUAUUUUGUUCUUGAUGUUGUGUUUGUUGUUGCAAUUAUUUCAGUAUUUUUGUUGUUGUUUUUGGGUUUGUGGUGUUUGUUGUUGUUGCUUAUAUAAUUGAUUUUUCUGUUGUGUUGUUGACAUUAUUUCGGUAUUGUUUUUGUUUGUUGAUAGGUUUGUUUUUUAUUGUUGUUGUUAAUAUUUUUUUAUUUCUGUUGUGUUUGUGUUGACAUUCUUUUAGUAUUCUUUUUGUUUGGUGUUUGUUGUUGUUGUUUAUUUUGUUAUUUAUAUUAUUGUUUUUUCUGUUGUGUUUGUUGUUUUGUUUCUUUUUUGUUGUUUUGGUUUUUGUUGGGUUUGUUAUUGUUUAUUUUGUUGUAUUUAUAAUUGUUAUUUAUGUUGUGUUUGUCUUGUUUGUUGUUGACGUUAUUUCGGUUUUAUUUUUGUUCUUGUUUUUUCUUGUUUUUAUUUUUGUUUUUUAUAUUGUUGUUAAUUCUGUUCUGUUUGUCGUGUUUGCUGUUGAAAAAAUUCAAGUAUUCUUUUUGUUUGUUGUUGGGUUUUUGUUGAUUUUGUUGUUUAUAUAAUUGUUAUUUUUGUUGUGUUUGUGUUGACAUUAUUUUAGUAUUCGUUUUGUUGCUGUUUGGGUUUGUUGUUGUUUGUUGUUGUUGUUUAUAUUAUUGACAUUUCUGUUUGUGUUUGUUGUUGUUUAUUUUGUUGUUGAUAUUAUUGUUAUUUCUGUUAUGUUUGUUGUUGUUUAUUUUGUUGUUUGUAUUAUUGUUAUUUCUGUUGUGUUUGUUGUUGUUUACUUUGUUGUUUAUAUCAUUAUUUCUGUUGUGUUAGUUGUUGUUUAUUUUGUUGUUGAUAUUAUUGGUAUUUCUGUUCUGUUUGUUGUUGACAUCAUUUAAGAAUUUGUUUUGUUGUGGUGGUUGCCCUUGGGGUUUGUUGUUUAUUUUGUUGUUUAUAUUUUUGUUAGUUGUGCAGUGUUCAUCGUUGAUAAUUUUGGUAAUCGUUUUGUCGUUUUUUUUGUUUUAAUUGUUUUUGUUUAUAUUAUUGUUAUUUCUGUUGUGUUUGUUGUUCUGUUUCUUUUUUGUUGUUUAUAUUAUAAUUUCUGUUGUUUGUUGGUGACAUUAUUUCGGUAUUCCUUUUGUUGUUGAUUGGAUUUGCUGUUAUUUAUCUUGUUGUUUAUAUUAUUGUUAUUUCUGUAAGGGGUUUUAUUUUGUUCCUUUCUUUGUUUUAUCUGUUGCCGUUUGGGUUUGUUGUUGUUUAUCUUGUUGUUUUGUUUGUUUUUGUUAAUUUUGUUCUUUAUAUAAUUGUUAUUUCUGUUGGGGAUGUUGUUUUGUUGUUGUGGUUGCCGUUUGGGUUUGUUGUCGUUUAUUUUGUUGUUUUGUUUGUUUGCUGAUGUUGUCGUUGUUUGUUUUCCUGUUGUUCCCGUCGUUUUUGUUUGUUUUUGUGAGCGUUGAUGUGAUGUUGUUAUUUUGGUUUUGUUGACUUUGUCUUUGAAGAUAAAAUAUACAGGUAAUCAGUCGCUUUUAUCUCAUAUCAUUCAUAUGAUCUUAUUUAUUAUAUCAAUUAUCAGGAUGGAUGUGACAUCACCCAAUAACGGCUCUGACAUCACUGAGGGCGGGACCACUAAGAAUCAAUCAGAAUGCAUCUCCAGUCAGCCGACAGCCAAUGGGACGCUGCUACAUCACAGCACAGGUGAGACAGAUGGAUCUAACUACAGAGUGAGACUACAGAGUGAGACUACAGAGUGAGACUACAGAGUGAGACUACAGUGUGAGACGCUGACGAUAAAAACUGUGAAAAUGAAAAAUUCUCUCAGACGAACGUUAUUUUACUGGAUCAGAACACUCGGCGUCAUAUAUGAAUGUGUUCCUUAAUUCUUAGUCUGACUGUGAGGGAAACAGGGUCCGAUAAAUCACCAGGUUCAGAGGUCAACAGCGUAGCAUCUAGAGUUUUAUUCAGAUUUAGGAAAAACUGAAUCAUGAGGAUUUCAUCAGGAGGUUUGGUUUCAUGUACACUCCUCCUGACCUGAGAGCACUUUAACUGUCCGACGUCAGGACCACGAGGCUACUUCCUGUUUCAGGACUUGUUCUUUAUUUUUACCCUGAGCUGAGACUGGCAGGCCCCACUUCCUGUCAGGCAGCAGCUCAGUCUCCAAACAGGUCCACACACUUAAUACUCACGGAUAAACAGAGGAUGCUCUCCGGGCGGUUUCCGUCUGAGGUCCGGAUCUGUUAUUUUCAGGUUCUAAACACUGUCUCUGAACUCGGACCUCAAAUCUGUCAACCCUUUAAUAUUUCAUCUUUAUUUCGUCUCUCUAUAAAGGUCGUAUCCUCCGUUCACAGCUGAUCAUUUCCAUUCAGGUUAACGUGUCAAUUUCCACCGACUUCUUUCCGUUCCUCUGCAGAUCCCCGGACUCCACAGCUGAUUGCAGAAGUUCUAUUUUUUCCGGACGCCGGAGCGUGGCGGAUAAAUUCAGCACAGAUUACCCCACCCUGAGACAACUCGUUAUUGCGCGAUUGCACAUGAAUCCGCAAGUUCAUGUGAGUUCUCGCGAAUCCUUUGUCCAUAAUCUGCCACAAAAUUUGCCUCACGAAUGGAUCUGGUAGGAAUUGACGUACAAUGAAAAUUGCCUACGUUCCGUAUCGAAGCAGUUGUGGUUGCAGUCGAAAUCCCAGGUUACAGCUAAAACCCACAGGAUCCGGCAUGGCAGGCGGAACAAACACGCAAGCAUUAUAACCAAUGUGUGUGUGAUUCCAUACAAUCUGUCUGCCGUCCGGCUCUGCUGCAGAAUUGGCUCCUGCGGCCAAAUAAGAUAUGCAAAGCCUCUAUUUUUGCUGGACGCCACAGCACGGUGCAUCAAUUCAGUGCAGCGCAACAAACCCAUGAGCAGCAGCGGAAAUUGGAUAAUAGGAGAGGCCAGGGUUGUGGGAUAUGGGUGUCGUUUAUUUACACCUUGUGAGAUCUCGUCCAGUCUCGUGAGAAAUAUCAGUAAUCUUGCAAGUGCUUCUCCUUCAAUGGCGGAGGUGGAUCUGAUUCGGUGGGCACUGUACGCUUCCAUAUUUCAUCCAUCAGCUGUUCCAGAUCUGGAUUCCCGGGUUCGUCUGACUUUACCUGACUUUAUCUGAUUCAAGAUGGCUGUGUUGUUCUGCUUUAAACCCUGUUCCUGCAGAAGAAGCCCCUCCCCCUCCCUCUAAUAGGUCAGAGGAUGCUGAGAGCAGUGAUGACUCUUUGAUUGACAGCUGCUCUACUAACGACAUCUCUCACCUCCUGCCCGCCCCGUCCACCUCUGCUCUACAAAAACAGAUAGGUAACUGAACACUUGAGCUCACCUCUCUCAGCAUGACGUCAACUCUGACAUCAUCACUGGUGUCUCUCUUCCUCUCAGGUGGGGACUCCUCAUCCAUGUCAUCCACUCCCAUCGUCACUCCUCCUUCCUCCUUCCUCUCCUCACCUCCUCCCUCUCGAUUGUCCACCUGUGACAGAGACACCUGCAGCUGUCACCGUCACCGUCACCACCACAGCACCGACCCAAAGCGUCUGUCCUCCACUAGAAGCCACGCCUCCAUGAAGACAGACGCCGCCCACAUUAAGGAGGUCGCUGGUGAUGGUGAGUGUGAGGUUCGUUUAGAGAAACAGGUGAUGGGGUCUUUGAAUCUGACGGUUGAUCCUCUGAGGAGCACGAUGAAAACCAGAUAUAACAGAGUGUCAUCAGCGUAUCAGUUGAUAUUAAUCUCUGCAGAUUAGAUUCUCCUUCUUUCUCACUGAGCUCAUACAAACCUGAGUAAGAGGAGGUAACAGGUGUUAAAAAAUGACACACCUCACUGUAAAUCAUCCCGUCUGACCUGCAGGGUCACGACACGUGGAAACAAACAUUUAAAAACCAGGAAACUGGAACAGGAUCAGAGCGAGCGACAGUCUCACAGGGUUUUCACAUUAAACAGAACUUUAUCAGCUGAAAGCCUUCAACAUGGAGGUCUGCUUAUCUCUGCUCAACACACACACACGCACGCACACACACGCGCAAACAUACACACACACACGAACGACCCCUCCCAGCAUCAGUUGGUCUGGUUUCUAUCCACUCACACCCUAAAAGACCUGAAUCAACUUUCAGACUCCAGAACCUGGUCUGCUGGGUUUGCAAAAGUCUACAGAGGGUUGGUAAAAGAAAAACUGAGUUAGGAAAAUAAAAAGCAUAAACCUAAACAGAAUACAAUGAUUUGCAAAUCCUUUUCAACCUAUAUUCAGUUGAAUACACUACAAAGACAAGAUAUUUAAUGUUCAAACUCAUAAACUUUAUUUUUUGUUUUGCAAAUAAUUAACUCAGAAUUUCAUGGCAGCAACACGUGACAAAGAAGUUGGGACAGGGGCAUGUUUACCACUGUGUUACAUCACCUUUCCUUUUAACAACACUCAAUAAAUGUUUGGGAACUGAGGAGACUAACUGUUGAAGCCUUGAAGGUGGAAUUCUUUCUCAUUCUUGCUUGAUGUACAGCUUCAGUUGUUCAACAGUCCAGGGUCUCCGUUGUCAUAUUUUACGCUUCAUAAUGCGCCACACAUUUUCAAUGGGAGACAGGUCUGGACUGCAGGCAGGCCAGUUGAGUACCCGCACUCUUUUACUACAAAGCCACGCUGUUGUAACACGUGCAGAAUGUGGCUUGGCAUUGUCUUGCUGAAAUAAGCAGGUGUGUCCAUGAAAAAGACGUUGCUUGGAUGGCAGCAUAUGUUGCUCCAAAACCUGUAUGUACCUUUCAGCAUUAAUGUUGCCUUCACAGAUGUGUAAGUUACCCAUGCCUUGGGCUCUAAUGCACUCCCAUACCAUCACAGAUGCUGGCUUUUGAACUUUGCGUCGAUAAUAGUGCAGAUGGUUCUUUUCCUCUUUGGCCCGGAGGACACGACAUCCACUAUUUCCACUUUGCAUCAGUCCAUCUUAGAUGAGCUCAGGCCCAGAGAAGCCGGCGGCGUUUCUGGAUGUUGUUGAUAAAUGACUUUCACUUUGUAUAGUAGAGUUUUAACGUGCACUUACAGAUGUAGCGACGAACUGUAUUUACUGACAGUGGUUUUCUGAAGUGUUCCUGAGCCCAUGUGGUGAUAUUCUUUACACAUUGAUGUCAGUUUUUGAUCCAGUGCCACCUGAGGGAUCGAAGGUCACAGGCAUUCAAUGUUGGAUACUGGCCAUACCGCUUACGUGCAGUGAUUUCUCCAGAUUUGAUGAUAUUAUGGACUGUAGAUGUUGAAAUCCCUAAAUUCCUUGCAAUUGUACUUUGAGAAACUUUGUUCUUAAACUGUUGGACUAUUUGCUCAUGCAGUUGUUCAAAAAAGUGGUGAACCUCGCCCCAUCCUUGGUUGUGAAUGACUGAGAAUUUUUGGGGAAGCUGCUUUUAUACCCAGUCAUGGCACCCACCUGUUCCCAAUUCGCCUGCUCACCUGUGGGAUGUUCCAAAUAGGAGUUUGAUGAGCAUUCCUCAAAUUUCUCAGUAUUAUUUACCACCUUUCCCAACUUCUUUGUCACGGGUUGCAGCCAUAUAAUUCUAAAGUUAAUGAUUAUUUGCAAAAAAAAUAAAGUUUAUGAGUUUGAACAUUAAAUAUCUUGUCUUUGUAGUGUAUUUAAUUGAAUAUAGGUUGAAAAGGAUUUGCAAAUCAUUGUAUUCUGUUUUUAUUUACGUUUAUCACAAUUUACAGGCCAAAAGUUUGGAAGCAAGAUCAGAUUUGUACAGAAAAAAGAUCAUAGUUUCAUAUAUAUAAUUUGCAACACAAUAAACAUGACUAUUGUGUAAAGAGUAACUUAUCAGAAGACAUUUUGACUAUAAUUAUGAGGUAUUUGAGUUAUUGUUGCUUAGACUUUGCUUUCUUUACAGUAACCUCCUCUGGCUUUAACAACAGCUUGGCGUAUACCAGGCAUUCGUUCCACAAGUUUUUUAAGGUAUGUUCCAGGGAUUGCAUUCCAAGCUUUCCUAAAUUCAUUAAAAAGAGACUGCUGAUUCGUGGGACAUUUUUCUGACCGAUCGAUCUAAUUCAUCCCGCACAAGCUCAAUGUGUCCCUCUCUACUUUAAAGGACAUAGUCGGCCAUAUGAAGCCUUCUGGUUCCCCUGCAGAUGCCAUCCCCCCUCGCUUGUUGAAAGAAGUACUUGCUACUAUUGGACCAAGUGUCCUUAAUAUUGUAAAUAGUAGCCUCUCCUCUGGUACAGUACCUGUGGAUUUUAAACAUGCUGUAGUACGACCUCUACUAAAAAAACUGGCCUUGACCCAUCCCUCUGUGCCAGUUUCAGACCCAUCUCAAAUCUUCCAUAUCUGUCCAAAAUUCUAGAGAAGGUUGUCUACAAUCAGCUGUUACCAUUUUUGGAAGAUAAUGGUAUCACAGAGUUGUUCCAGUCUGGUUUUAAAGCUCUCCACAGGACAUAGUCAGCACUAAUGAUGUGUCUAAUGAUAUUCUCAUGUCAACAGACUCUGGAAAGUUUGUUGUCCUAGUGCUCCUAGAUCUGUCUGCUGCAUUUGACACCGUUGACAUUUUAAUCUCUCGCCUGGAGCACUGUGUGGGCAUUAAGGGUGUCGCCCUGGACUGGUUCCGGUCUUACUUAAGGGACAGAAGUUUCUGCGUUCAACUAGACAACUCUGUGUCGUCAACAGCUCCUCUUCCACAUGGGGUCCCCCAGGGCUCAAUCCUCAGCCCUCUUUUAUUUGCCUUUUAUUUACUCCCCCUUGGUUCUGUUUUUAGGAAACAUGGCAUUUCCUUUCAUUUUUAUGCCGAUGAUUGCCAGAUUUAUCUUCCACUAGUACAGAACAACUCCGGCUCAGUCCAACAACUCACUGACUGUCUUAAGGACAUUAAAGCCUGGCUUUCUUUUAACUUCCUCAGUCUUAAUGGGAACAAGACCGAUGUAAUGAUGUUUGGACCAAGUGGCGGCCACCCCCCCAACAUCAACCUAGGCUCCCUCUCACCCUAUCUGAAGGAUGUCGUCACUAAUCUGGGAACUAAGUUUGACCCUGAUUUUAAAUUUGAGAAGCAGAUCAGCGGGGUGGUACAAAAAGGUUUUUAUCAGCUACGUCAAAUAGCGAAGGUGAAGCCCAUUUUAUCAAGAUCUGAUCUGUAAAAAUUAAUCCAUGCUUUUAUCACUACCUGUCUUGAUUACCGCAACUCUUUGUACAUAGGGAUUAGCCAGGCUUCCCUUGCCCGCCUGCAGCUGGUGCAGAACUCUGCUGCACGUCUCCUGACCCAGACCCGCAGGUGUGAGCACAUCACCCCCAUCCUGGCGUCCUUACACUGGCUCCCUGUACAGUACAGAAUUCAUUUUAAGCUUUUAAUAUUUGUUUUCAAGGGCCUGAACAAUCCGGCUCCACCCUAUAUUUCUGAGAUGCUCCAGCCUUAUUGCCCACCCCGACCCCUAAAAUCAGCUGAUCAACUGUUCCUAAUGGUCCCCAAUACAAGGCUGAAGCUCAGAGGGGAAAGAGCAUUUGCCACUGCUGCUCCUAAGCUCUGGAAUGAGUUGCCCUUGAAAAUCAGACAGGCCUCCUCAUUUCCCGUUUUUAAAUCCCUUUUAAAAACGCACUUUUACUCCUUGGCUUUUGAUACAUUGUAGUGUUAUUUUGUUUUUUUAUCAUCUUAGCACCUGCCAUGAGCCUGAUUAUUUAUAUACUUAUUUAUUCUUUUGCAUUAAUGUAUUUCUGCUCACUUCAUCUUGUUCUCUGAUUGUUUUAUUUGUUUUUAUGUGUCAUUGUACAGCACUUUGGCUACCCUUGUGGUUCUUUUAAAUGUGCUUUAGAAAUAAAGUUGAUUGAUUGAUUGAUUGAAUUGGAGAAAGGCCUGGAGACUGAGGGGGCCAAACCAUCUCUUGAAGAACACCUUCCUCUUCUUUUUUGUCUAGGUAACCCUGACAGAGCUUGGCAGAGUGCUUAGGGUCAUUGUCUUACUGCAAAACAAACUUAUGAGCCACAAGUCUGAGUCCAGAUGGACCAGCAUGGUGCUGGAGGAUGGAGUGGUACUGUUCCUUCUUCAUGAUUUACUUCAAACAAAUCUCCUACUCCAUCACCUGCAAAACAUCCCCAUACCAUGGAACUACCACCUCCAUGCUGAAUUGUGGGUGUAACACAUGGUGCUUUCAGUCCUUCACCAGUUUGUCUGCGGACAUAGACUCUGCGUUUUGAACCAAACAGUGUAAACUUGUUUCUAGUCAUCAUAAAUCCAAUUUUUGUGAACCUUUGCCCACUCAUAUCUCUUUUCUUGUUCUGUGGACGAAGUGGUGUUUUUCUGCAGAUACACAACCCUUCAGACCAGCCUUUCUCAAACGUCAUUUCACAGUUGUCAGAGAUAUGGGUUUCGACCUUGUCAUGUUGAUUUCCUCCCUUAUUCGUGGUGCUGUCUUUCACCGAUCUCUCUUACUGGUGACAAUGCUAUGUUUAUCCUCUGCUUUUGUAGUGACUCUCUUUCGUCCAGGCCUUUUUCUAUCAUCAGAACUUCCAGGUUCCUCUAGUCUCUUCAGAGUGUAGUGGACUCCUUUGUUAAACACCUUUAGGCGUUUUGUAAUUUCUCUUUCUGUGUAUCCCCCUUUCCUCAAUGUACAAAUAUGUACUUUUGUUUCUUUACUCAGUUUCUUCUUUCUAGCCAUUUUUGUGGUAGUUUGAACGCAGUUGAGAUUUAUUAGGAUUUUUGUAUGCAGACUCUCAAAAGCCAAAAAGUUGACGUGAAUAAUCCAACUGUGAUUUGUUUUUUUGCUUUUGCACUGAAGUUGUGACUCUUGAAAAUGUUUUCAACCCUAAAACUAAGCCCUUAUCUUUUGCUGACAUAUAUUAAGCAAUGGUCUGUUAACAUCAAUGUAUAAUAUCUAAAGGUAAAUGGAGUAACAUGGUGCAUUUCCAUGAAAGAAACAUCUGAUCAUGGAGUGAAUACAUCCCAAAAUACAUGAAACUCAUGCUGGAUUUAAAAAAAAAAGCAUUGUGAACAAAAACUUGAAGUUACUCCCAACUGUUCAGCUUGUAAUGGCCUUGCUUCCAAACUUUUGGCCUGUAGUGUACAUGUUACAGCACUGACUGAAGCUGCGUCCGAAUUGCCAAGUAGUAGUCGAAGUAGUAGUCGAAGUAGUAUCUAGCAUGUCCGAAUUGGCCACCGGAGCGAGUAGCAUGCUACUUCAGAUACUAUUUCAGAUACUAGACACGCCCACAUUGUAGGUUGGUCGCGGUGCAUCCUACGGGCAUGCUACUGACCCAAAAUGCACCGUGGGCUUCUUCUUCGUCCUCUUAAAAGUUGUAGAAGCGCAUGUGAUGCUAGCGCCACCAGCUGCUCUGCCUAUUUAAAUGUGUCGCGAACGCCGGCUGACCACAGCAGCGCGCACCAUGGCAGAGCAGCAGCAGCAGGGGGCAGGACCGCAGCAGUACAGAUGUAAGUUUCAUGUAACUUCACACACUGUCCUAAAAUAAUGUACGGUUGUAUCUCUUUGUCAUGUCAUGGUGUCAUAUAAUCAUUUUAUGAGCAAACAUGUGGCGACAUCAUGGAGGUAAAGCUCACUUAUUCCAUCAUUAAACUGCACAGCUGCAGUAAUCAGGCAGAUCUCAUUGAACAAACGAUCACCACGUGAGUGAAUGAAGGCUAAAAGUCAUGGAAAAGCUACUUUGUGAAUUUCUAAAUAUGAGUUUCUAGUUUCUCACUUGCACAAUUACCAUUCAGAGUCUAAAACGGGCGCAGUACCUACUCUCUGCCUGCGGGGGUCGUCUUUCCCCACCGCUCGUCUAGUGUGUCCGAAUUGGGCCAACGUGUUUAGUAUGUAGGAGUAGGAUCUAGCAGUAGCACGUAGCAGUAGCAUGUAGUAUGCGAGCGGGCAAUUCGGACGCAGCAACUGUCUCCUGUUUUUUUCAGACUGUUGCGUUCACUGUCUCCCGUUUUUUUCAGACUGUUGCAUUCACUGCCCUCUGUUUUUUUUAAGUCUGUUACAUUCACUGUCUCCCGUUUUUUUUUUCAGACUGUUGCGUUCACUGUCUCCUGGCCUGUCUCUUUUGUGAGAUGCUGUCCAUGUGUUCGGCCCUGGGCGAUUGUCUCGCUUGUGGAGUGGGUGAAGCUUUGUGCUGCGACGCCUCGGUUUGUUGCUGCUGCUGCGUUGAGGCGGCGGGGGAGGCGGCGUGUACGGAGGAGGCAUGUCAGGCCGUGUUGGAUUGUGGGAUUCUGGAGGACUGCUGUGGCUCGUCUGACUGUUUGGAGGUCUGUUUGGAGUGCUGCUCGAUCUGCUUUCCUUCAUAGAUUAGCCAAUCAGAGAAGGACUACAUGGUUAUGUCACAGAAACAUUGUCACCUGGCUGUGCUCACCUUCGAUUAACGGCUCUUGGAGGAGUCAGAGAAACUUCUGGACUGUUCUAAUGAAGUUUAUGAAUCAAUCGUCUGCUUGUUAAUCUAGAUUAUUUCUGAGUAAUAAAACAGAACAUGAAAUCUAACAUAAUUAAAACAUGAAAACGUUCAGUGUUCAUCAGGAUUCUUUCUCUGCAGGGAUUAACACAGUGACAGAUUCAAUUAUAACUCAGUAAUCUAAUGCCUGUUGUUUCUGUCCUACCCGACUGAAGAAGACCACUGCAGACUGACAGACCUCGAGCUCGAAGGUGGUCCAUCUAUGACCUGCAACACCCGGCAUACAGAACUGUCAAUGAGCAACAUAGAAGUGGAAAUAGAUCCUAAAUGAACAUGAUCGAUGACCCAGUCUGGUACACACCGUUGACACCCCCUCCAGAGAUGAAUGUUGUCGACCGCUUGCUUCUAUAGUUAUACCAACUUUAUUAACAACCGCAGGAUAGCAAUACAGAGAGCCACGCCCCCAACCAAAACGCCACUCUAUAGCCAUAAAUAAUGCUCAGAACAGCACCUAACUUCAUCAACAGGACAUAUAGGGUCACAGACAUAGUACUAGACACCAAACAUCUUUUUAACUUUGACUCAUUUCUUUAGCAAAGAGACUAAACACAACUCACCUACUCUCUUCCAGCAGACGCUUGUUUGUAGAGAGACCUCAGGCCAGUCCAUUAUGGUCUACAGCGGGGUGCCGCAGCUCAAGGAAGAACAUUUAUGAUCAUUUUUUUUAUCAUUUCCUUCAAGUAAUAAUCAUCAUAUUAAUCAUUUUACAGAUGUGGUAGUUCUUCUGCUUUAACAUCUCGGUCUUAUUGUAUUUCCAUGAAGAAAUGAUCAUAAAUGUUCUUCCUUGAGCUGCGUCACUCCACUGUAGUCCGUAAUGCAGAGGUUCUCAACCACCGGGCCCCAGACAUACAUUUUUUUUUGUAGGAUGGUAGGGGAAUGUCCCGCCCUCCUUCACCUCUGAUUGUCCAGAAGUGCUGGGCUCUGAUUGGUUCUUCAUAAUGGCUGUGAAAUGUCAUGGUCUGUCGGGUUAGGGUUAGGACAGGGGUCGGCAACCCGCGGCUCUGGAGCCGCAUGCGGCUCUUUCUUCCCUAAGCUGCGGCUCCCAAUGGAUUUGGAAAAUAAAUAAUAAAUACUUAAUUGCAUUUUAUUUUAUUUUAUUAUUAUUAUUAUUUUGUAAUUCUAAAUUCAAAGAUUAUAAUGCUCUUGUAACAUUAAAUAAACUAUUAAGGCUGCAACAACGAAUCGAUUAAGUAGAUUCGUCGUGACGAAAAAAUCUGUUGCCAUCAAAUUCUGUAAUCGAUUCGUCGGGUCUUUAUAUAUGUCCAUGGACACCGGCGUGUAAACGUCAGCAGGACGCACAGAAAAGAAACAGCCAUGGCCGAGGCAGCGGCUGAGAAAAACAUGGACACAACCCAACCCAAAUCCCGACCUAAAACAUCAGUGGUGUGGGAAAACUUCACCAAGACUGAAAAGGAAGGCGUUCAGUGCAACAUUUGCAAAGACCGUUUUGCAUGGCUCGGGAGUACAUCAAUGAUGCGUGAGCACAGGGCUCUCAAGUCUCACGCAUUCAGCGUAUGACACACGCAUUCCCACUCGUUCACACGCUCACACACCACACAUUGUAUUUCUCACGCAUUUAAAUGAACAUGGUGAUGUCCACCAAGUUGCACUUCUUCAACUAUGGAACAGGUGGAAAUCAACUGAGUUUCUCCGAGAGUUCAGAAGCUGCGUGCCACGCACAAGCCAAUCAAAUAAAGUAUAUCUACUGAACAGCCAAUCAAAAAGCAGCAUUGCUGUAUCCGGGUAGAUUUUGAUAUCUUGUGGUUUAACUACAGAAGAAGACAGACACUCGCCGGAAUAGUUCAUUUAUUUCAUAAAUGCAACUCGCUACAGUUUUUUAUAUACUUUGUAUAAAGGUAAAAAAAAAAAAAGAUAUAUGUAAAGUUAUCUUCAUUUUAGAUGUCAAAGAGGUUUUGUGGCUCCCUGUGUUUUCUUUUCUGUGGGAAACUGGUCCAAGUGGCUCUUUGAGUGUUUAAGGUUGCCGACCCCUGGGUUAGGAGAUUCAGAAUUCCGAUAAUGUUCUGUUCGAUGUACAGAGCCGACAAUCCACAUUUGGCUUUAGUGUGUGUUUCCAGCUUUUCUAGCCAAUCAGAGGCGAAGGAGGUGGGACUUCCCCCUACCAUCGUACAAAAAAAAAAAAUAUCGCGCCCCGGACUGGUACCAGUCCGUGGAUUAAUUGGUACUGUGCCGCAAAAAAAAAUAACGAUGAUUAAAUAAUUUUUUUUCUUCUUAUCCGUCCUCCCUUUUAUCUUAUUUUGAAAGACCACCACUUCCGCCAUCGCCUCACUUUCACGCUCAACUCUUCGGCAAGUCAUUUUCCUGCAUCAGCAACACAAGCUAGCCUUUGCAAAAAUGAGCCAGAAACAGUUCAGUGGAAAGAGAAAGGGUUGGUUCUGCAUUAUGGUGAGUUGUUGUUAAAGUGUAAUGAAAAGUGCCAUAAAUAAAGCUUAAUUGUUGUAUCCCAUAGACUGUAUACAAAA